GGGUCGCUCUCGGGAGCUCAGUGCAUUCAAGCAUGGUACCGUGUGAUAGGUUGCCACCUGUGCAAUAAGUCCAUCCGUGAAAUUUCUUUGCUACUAAAUAUUCCACGGUCAACUGUUCGUGGUAUUAUAACAAAGUGGAAGCAACUGGGAACAGCAGCAACUCAGCCACAAAGUGGUAGACCACGUAAAAUGACAGAGCGGAGUCAGCACAUGCUGAAGCAUACAGUGCGUAGAAGUCAUCAACUGUCUGUAGAGUCAAGACGUUUUGGACGAUUUCAUGCUCCCAACUUUGUGGGAACAGUUUGGGGAUGGCCCCUU